AUCCUCAAUGGCGUCGUAGGUCGGUGUCUUUUCCUACCAAUUGCCGCACCAAGCUUCGAUUUUGGUGGAGCUAAACUACUCUGUUUGUUUUAUGUCUGAUAAUCUUGAUAAUCUUUUUUUUCCCUCUCUCUCGGGGAAUUCUGUCUCUUCUUCGCAUAUUGACUCUUUUAACUCGCUCAUGUGGCCUUGGUCCGCUUCCGACCGAGCCAAAUCCGCUCGCUCUAUUGAACCCGACUCGAAACUUGAACAGCUCCGUUAACGGGCAUAUGGCAUUGGAUAACCCGACGUCAACAAAACACACCAUCUUUACUCUCCAACAUUCGUCUAUAUCUAUAUCUGAACCGUGCUUCAGACCCUACGCAACUCCAAGGGAAAACACGCAACCCAAUACCCGGCCCCUUCUCCCACUUUCCCGUGUUAUCCGUAUUUCCCCUGCAAGACAACAUCUCGGAUAUACUGUAUGAGUCUCCCGCAGGCCGGGCGUCCCACGGGCGCAGGCGCAGGCGCUGGAGUGACGUCGCCAAUAGCUGGACCCGGAGCUGGAAUUGGAGCUGGAGCCACGCACAGUCACAACCAGAGUCGUGGCUUUGCCUCAUGGGGACAUGGACAUAUCAAUGGGCACCCUAAUGUCCAUAUUUCACAACAAACCAAAUACCGAGGCCAGAUGACCCUUUUGAGAUCAAAUAUAGCAACUCCCCACGUCGCUUGUCUACGUCUUCGCCUACGCGCCCUGCAAAAAGCAUCCAUUGUCGCCGCCCUAUCGACGUGCGCCUACCUCACAGCCUCGUCUAAGCUCUCAUCCUACCACGUAUCAAAUACUGCCUCCGUCGCUCGCCCUUCGACUAAUUCGCUACCACAUCUCGCUCCCUUUCGCAACAAACUUCGAUCACCACCCUCACUCGUAAAAACUUCAAUGUCGCAGAUACGACCGCAUACUGGCCAAGGCCACGACCACAAAGAUGGUCAUAAUCACAGCCACGGUCAUGACCACAGUCAUAGCCAUGGCAUCUUGGGCCACCACCACCAUCACGACAACGCAUACCUAACUUCAGGCAACAAAGACGACCCCGGCGUCCGAAUCACCCGGAUUGGCUUGGUCUCUAACCUGGGUAUGGCAAUUGCUAAAUUCGCUGGUGGAUGGGCUUUCAACUCCAAAGCAAUGACUGCCGACGCAUGGCAUAGCAUCACAGAUCUUGCAUCUGAUAUCUUGACGCUCGCGACAGUCACAUGGAGUCUAAAACCACCAACAGACAAAUUCCCCAUGGGCUUUGGCAAGGUAGAGAGUCUGGGAUCACUCGGUGUCUCGAGCAUGCUCUUGGCCGGAGGUCUUUACAUGGGUUGGGACAGCGGUAUCAGUCUUUAUGGACACUUUUACCCUGAAGCGGCACAUGGUAUUCUGGAGCACGUCGGACACGGUCAUAGCCAUUCUCAUGGAGCUGCAGCACUUGGGAUCCCGAGUAUGCAUGCCGCUUGGCUUGCAGCAGGGACCAUUCUGAUUAAGGAAUGGCUUUAUCAUGCGACAAUGAAGGUUGCCCGGGAACGUAAAUCGUCGGUUCUCGCGUCGAACGCCAUUCAUCACCGAGUCGACAGUUUAACGGGGUUCGUCACUUUGGCAGCCAUCAUGGGAGCUAAUGCAAUGGAGAAUGCGGCGUGGCUGGAUCCCGUCGGCGGUCUUCUCAUCUCCAUCAUGGUUAUCCAGGCUGGUGCCGGAAACACAGUUGCUGCUUUUCGCGAACUGGCAGACCAGGGCAUUGAUGAUGAGAUCAAGUCUUCAGUGACAAAACAGGCUAAUAAAGCAUUGAAGAACGUGGUUGAAGGACACGAAGUUGCCCUGCGCGAAGUGAGCGGUAUCAAAUCAGGCCAGAAUUAUCUUGUGGACCUCGAGAUGACCGUGCCUGGUGCGUGGUCUGUUGACACAACGCAGCAGGUCGAAGACGCGGUGCGGACUCAAGUCGGAGGGAAAGUACGCGGUGUCAGAAGAGUUCGCAUCCGAUUCUCGCCCAGGGAGGCUACCGCCAAGGCAAGGUUUGACGACUUUAUCCCUGGGACUGUGGUUCUGCCACCAGAGACCGAGGAGGAUGCGUCUGAGGCAGAGGGCGAGUCGAACCACAAUCACGAGCAUCACGACCACCAUGAUCACAAGAGUAGUGGUCAUGUUCAUGAACCCAGUGGCUCCCACGAACAAGGCGAUGGUCUCAGGAACAGAAACAAGCAUUAGAGUGGAGGAUGCCCUGUCAGAAGCGAGACUUUAGCCUGGGAUCCUGGGAUCGAUCACGGCCAUGCUGCAUCUUGUUCUCUUUGAAGCUGCCCUUUGGUACGACAAGUCCAAGCCAACCUUACCCCUUGACUGGGGUCUAGCUCGGCUUCUUGGGGGUUGAGCUGCGGGCCAGUGGAGCCUGGCCGGAUGAGAGGCCAUAAGAGGUUCAGACUAGGAUCUCUCAAUAGCCGGCAGCUGUCGACCUGACCGUCGGUGAAGGAAGACCGAUGGCAUCUGCAUGUGCAUAUGCAGUGAAAAGUGUACACCCUUUUCUAUUUCAUGUUUUUUCAUCUUGUUCUGGGCCAGGGCCGGAAUUGAUAAGGAAGCAAUUGGUGCAGUAGAGCAGACCAUAGACAUAUGUACUCUAAAAGCGGAAGAGAAGGUACAAGGAAGUGUGUUUCGCGGGGCACAUAACUUAAAGGGACAAGAAGAAGGGUCUACACUCAUAUAAAGACAACAACCCAUGAGAUUUUGACUAUGCUACACAGACUGUAAUGUGUGUACACUAUGUACGGAUAGAAAAUGCAGAUAAGAGAGGUACAUGCAGGUCAUCCUUGUGGCGUUUUUCAGCUUAGACGCGCCCCAACAGGAGAAGAGGGAAUUAGACGGAGAACAAGAGAAGUAAAGUCGAACUGUCCAUAAUGUCGAAGAAAAUGAUGAGAUUUCAGGCGGCAAGGAUGUCACCGGACUUGAAUGACCCCCAUGUUUGAGGCUCAUGGCUAUAGGUAACCUUCAGCACACCCACCGAAAUGCUCUUGAAGAUGGAGUAGAGAAAUAUUCCAAUGUCCUUCUGUAUCCAGAGUCAAGGAAAGAGACAAUUCUCAUAGAAGCUGAAUUCGAUUUCCUCACGCCCCCUUCUUGCUGCCAGUUAGAAGCGCUCGUUACUCAUUGGCUUGACUUUGUUCACGAGGAGCAGCCAGACUUUGAGAGGUCACGGGUUCUAUUGGCCGGGAUAUAAACUGAAGAUGGGACUGGGGUGGGAGCUGUUGAUGGAUUUAGGCUAAAUGCAAAUAGAGCUCUGGAAUUGAAAGAAGAAGAAAGUGAAGACUUGAUUGUCGAGAACAUGUCAUGAUAUGACAGUGAGCUUUUGUUAUUUUUAAUUUUUUUUGCAUUGACUAAUUGGAACUGACGAUAUUCUAAUGCAUAGAGUUAAGAAGAGUGUCGCACAGUAAGAAGUCUCUUGGCCAUAAUAAUCCUCCUAAUAGUCAUGUUCUAUCAUGCUUCUUUUCUUGACUUUUGUAGUGUUUGUCCCUGGUGAUCAAUUCCUAUUCUUCUGUUUCCACACCUCCUUCGGCUUAAUCCGUAUCACGACUUGCCUGAAUGCGAAUGCUUAAAUUUC